CUUUAUUAUUCCCCCCCUCCCCCUUCUCCUUCCAUCCCCUUCCUCCCGUGUACGAAACCCUAGGUGGCGACGCGGCCGCCCAAAACCCCGCCGCGUCGGCCCCCGGAUGGCCCCCGCCGCGGCGGACCCCGACGCCGACGACCCCCCCGCGCGCAGAUCCGACGCCACCGACGUCGCCGGCAACACCUGGGACCUCGCCGCGCUGCCGCCCCCGCCGCCCGCGGCGAGGGGCGGCGGCGGCGAGGUCUACAUCUACCGCAACACGUACAACCUCGUCCCCCGCUCCAUCGGCGGGUGCCGCGGGAGCGUCAGGUCGCUCAAGUUCUUCGGCAACGACGUGGAGGUGCUCCCGCCGGAGGCUGGCGAGCUGGACCAGCUCGAGAGCCUGCAGGUGAAGGUGUCCGCGCCCAGGGUCUCCGGGGCGCCGCUCCGCCGGAUGCGGGCGCUCAAGGAGCUCGAGCUCUCCAUUGUCCCGCCCAGGCCGUCCGCGUGCUCCAUACUGGUCGAGGUCGCCGCGCUCAAGUGCCUCACCAAGCUAACAAUCUGCCAUUUCUCCAUUAGGUACCUCCCUCCUGAAAUUGGCUCCCUAAGGAAGCUGCAAGAACUUGAUCUUUCGUUCAACAAGUUGAAGAACUUGCCUAACUGUAUAACUGAGUUGGGUGCCCUAAAGUUCCUCAAAGUGACUAAUAAUAAGUUGGUGGAUCUACCAUCAGGAAUCUCUUCUUUGAGAUGUCUUGAAAGCCUUGAUUUAUCAAACAACAGAUUGACUUCCCUUGGAUCAGUUAAACUCAUUUCUAUGCUUACACUACAGUAUUUAAAUCUUCAGUUUAAUAGGAUCUCCAAUUCUUGUGUUAUUCCUGCAUGGGUAUGUUGUGACAUGAGAGGAAAUGGUGAAAACAAUAUGAAGCCUGGCAAACUAAAAUCUAUAGCUGUUGUGAGCAACACUUCAGCAGAAUCUAGAAGUAUGAAUCAUACUUGCAAUGCUUCACGUUUAUGUUCACAUCCAGAAGCUUCCGCAAAUUUAAAAGUUCAUCCCACACAGAAAACAAAGAAAGGUUGGAAGCGGCGGGAUUGCCUGCAACAACAAGCUCGUCAAGAGCGUUUGGAAUCAAGCAGGAGCAAGCUCAAUGAUGAUUAUGUUGAUGAAAUGGCUGUGAAUAUGACAGAAGAUGAGAGCCCGUUGCAUGAUAUGGAAAACAAGUCAGAGAUGAAAGGCAUUGAUGAAGAAGCUUCAUUACAGGAUUUGCCAAAAGAAACAAGUUCUAUAUCUGAGGACUUGUCAUGUAUAGUUGAUGAUGACUCCUAUGGGCAUAUUAAAGAUAGUGGCAUGAUGUUACAGGACCAUAAUGAAGAAGAAAAGCCUGGAUUAAGUAUGAAAAGCCAUGGCAACUGUUCUUGUAUCAGCGGUAACACUGAUAUUUUGAGCAGGAGAAGGAUCCGCAGUGUUGAAAACGAACUAGAGGAUUCUGCAUCAUCAGUCCAUGAUGCUGCUGUGGUUGUUGAAGAGAAUCCUUCAGAAACAUCUAAGCAUUCAUGGAAAUCUAAAAGGCACCCUGAUAUGGACUGCAAUCCUAAACCUAGCAAAUGCCCUAGACCAUUUGAUGAAUGCUCAAAGUUAUCCUAUAAGUACAGUGUGCAAUCGUUCUGCAGCAUUGAUGAUCAUCUACCAGAUGGCUUCUAUGAUGCAGGACGAGAUAUGCCUUUCAUGCCAUUAGAGGAGUAUGAGCGGAGUAUUGGACUAUAUGCACGUGAAGUUAUUCUCUUGGACCGAGAACAAGAUGAAGAGUUGGAUGCAAUCGCGUCUUCAGCACAAAUAUUGCUGUCUAAUUUGAAAAUGCCAAGCUGUUUUGUAGCUGAUGAAGAUGCAGGCCAGGACUUACUAAGGGCAUCUGUGCUUGCUUUGUUUGUUUCUGACUGCUUUGGAGGUUGUGAUAGAAGUGCUUCUCUCAGUAGAACACGGAGAGCUAUUGUUAGCUUGAGAAAGGAGCAACCUUUUGUUUGCACUUGUUCUGCUGGGAGCAUAUGUGACAGCACUGAAGCAUCUAAGCGGAUCAAUAAUCUUUACGGCCACUUUGAUUUUACUGGCCUGUGCGAUAAAUCAAUACAUAUCAUCAAAGAAAGGAGAAAUUCAGGAAUUGUACCGAUAGGAGCACUGCAAUUUGGUGUUUGUAGGCACCGAGCUGUCCUAAUGAAGUACUUGUGCGAUCGAGCAGACCCUCCAAUUCCUUGUGAGCUUGUGCGGGGGCAUCUUGACUACACACCUCAUGCUUGGAAUGUUGUUCCUGUUAGAAAAGGGAAUACAUGGGUAAGGAUGAUAGUGGAUGCAUGCUACCCAACCAAUAUAAAGGAAGAGACAGAUCCAGAGUACUUUUGCAGGUAUGUUCCACUCAGUCGGCUUCAGAUCAUACUUGAUGAUCAGGGUUAUACUCCACGGUCUCCCUUUCCUUCUGUCUCACUGUGCAAAGAAAUAGAAACUACAGCUUCUAGUUCAGUCUACUACUGCAAAAUUGGUGCUGUUGAUGCGGCAGCAAAGGUAAGAUAUCUAGACACUCGAUGUGCUUCUAGUGAUGAAGUUAAAAAUUUUGAAUACAAGCUUCUCGCGGAAGUAAGAAUGCUGGGUGCCCUAAGGAAGCACCAAUCCAUAGUGGAAAUAUAUGGUCAUCAGCUUUAUUCUAAAUGGGUUCAAGCUGAUGAUGAUAAGGAAUACAAGAUAUUACAGUCCACAAUUAUGAUGGAGCAUGUGAAAGGAGGGUCUCUGAAGGGUUAUUUGACAAAAUUGCUGAAAGAGGGCAAGAAGCAUGCACCUAUUGACCUGGCAUUCUACAUUGUACGAGAAGUUGCUUGUGCAUUGUUGGAGCUGCACAAAAAGCUAGUUAUUCAUCGGGACAUAAAAAGUGAGAAUGUUUUGGUUGAUCUGGAUUUAGAGAGAAGUGAUGGCACACCAGUAGUCAAACUCUCUGAUUUCGACAACGCAAUUCCUUUGCAUUCUCUCUCCCACACAUGCUGUAUAGCUCACCUUGGGACAUAUCCACCCAAUGUUUGUGUUGGUACACCAUGCUGGAUGGCUCCAGAGGUUCUUCGUGCCAUGCGAGACAAAAACCAAUAUGGACUGGAAGUUGAUAUCUGGUCAUUUGGCUGUUUUUUAUUGGAGAUGCUUACACUUCGGAUACCCUACCAGGGCCUACCUGAUUCAGAAAUAUAUGAUCUCAUAAUGAGGAAGAAGCAAAGACCAAGACUAACUCAAGAACUAGAAGCGUUCUGGACGUUAGACAAGCCAAUUACGAGGCUGGAGUUGGGUAUCACAUCUGAUGCUCAUGCAGAAAAACUAAGACUGUUGAUAGAUCUCUUCUACCAGUGCACUAAAGGAAUUGCAUCUGAGCGCCCAAAAGCUGAGGCGGUUUACAAUUUACUGUGCUCUCUACCCACAUGCUAUGACAUGAGGUGAAAGUGUGGAUCUUAAAUCAGUAUGACAUAAGGUGAAAAUGUGGAUCUUGAAUCAGGAACCUGUUGAUGAGACAGCCAGCCAGAUCGGCCUGCGCCAGGAUGGCAAGUUAUGCUGGGUGGUUUUAGCAGGUCAACAGAUCUGGCCUCGCUUGGUUUGAACUUCUGACCAGCAUGCCGCUUAUUCUUUGAGUGCUGGCGAUGCGGAACACGAGAAAUCCAACCAAAACCAAAGCCGGUGGCAGCAUUGUUCUGAGUUCUCUGGAGUUCAUCCUGUGUCAGUUUUGUAGCAGCCAGCCCCGUUUCCCGCCUCUUGUGUUGCUGCGGUGUUGGCCUGACCAUGUGUUGCUUGUCGUGUCAUUUGUUUUUGUUUUUCAUUAUUGCGUUAAUUUAUUGAUUUAGGCCAUUCACAACCCCAAGGCGUCUGUCUGCUGCACAUGACCCAUUCUGUAUUUGUAUCUGUAUCUGUAUGUACAAGUGUCGGUCCAUCCGUGAUCCAUGUAACCCUCUACUGUUGAGUCAUGUAACAAUAACAGAUACUGUUUUGAGGUUAUUUAUCAUGAGGGAUUGUUUUUCCAUUUAAAGUUUCAACAAUAGUACUCAUGGCAGUUUAUCA